UCUCACCCGUCACGAUGGCCCCGCCCGUAACUUUCGUGCUACCCGAUCUCAUGGCAGGAUGGCCGUUCAAGACUAUGCCUAAUCCUCACUCGACCAAGAUCAACGCCGAGAGUGCAGCGUGGGUCCAGAGCUACGACGCCUUCAACGCCAAGGCGCAGAGAACCUUUGACCGCUGCAACUUCGGUGCUUUCGCCGCCCUCGCGUACCCGAAGGCUGAGCCCGCACACUACCGCGCCGCUGUUGAUCUCAUCAACUAUUACUUCGUCUACGACGAACUGAGUGAUGAGGAGAGUGGUGAAACUGUACGGAAACAAGCUGCCGCUAUCAUGAAUGCCGUGCGAAAUCCUUACGCGCCGCCUCCCCCGAAUGAGCACGUCCUAGGUGUCAUGGCACGAGAUUUUUGGAUCAGAGCCUUGGAAGAGGGCCAUGCCAGUGCAUCCACUGCAAAACGUUUCCUUGAGGCCUUCGCACAGUAUACUGACUGUGUGGCACAACAAGCAGAGGACCGUGAUGUCGGCCGCAUUCGCCCGAUAGAAGAAUAUCUCGCGAUGAGACGUGGGACUGUCGGUGUGAGGCCUUCAUUCGACUUCUUCAUGCUUUCAGAAGAUCUCCCCGAUGAAGCAGUCAAACACCCACAGGUUGAAAAGUUGGUCUUGGGCGCCAUUGACAUGAGUAUUCUGUCAAACGACAUAUACUCGUGGAACGUGGAACAGGCCCAUGGUGACGAGAAUCAUAACAUUGUGUCCGUGACAAUGGCAGAAAAGGGCAUGACUAUCCAGGAGGCAAUGAACGAUGUCGGAAAACGCUAUGAGAAGCUCUCCAAGGCGUUUUUAGACGACAUGAAACAUAUCCCAACGUUCCCUGAGCCGGUGAACCGGCGCCUACACGAGUUUGUGAUGUUCCUUGGAAUCUGGGUCACUACCAACGACGAGUGGUCCUUCAUUACCCCGCGCUACUUCGGUGAGGCCGCUCCGGAAGUGCGGAUUCAUCGAACGGUAGAGCUUCUGCCUAAACGCAAAUGAGGGUGGGUUACCAUGCCUCAAAAUUCAGCAUUCGAUUUUCAUCAUUGUAUCAUUUUACACAUUUUUUUAUACCGUACGAGCCCACUUAUUCGUUCGUUUUAUUAAUAUAUGCCUAACCGCAUGUCUUGACAAAUCUACAAACAAAUGAGACGGA